AUGACUGAAAAAGAAACUUCGUUAAUUAAGCCGUUUAAAUUGACAGCUUUGUUUUUGUUAGCGGUCCUCACAUUAAACCUUUCAUACAAGUUAAUUCUAAAACACUAUCUAAGGUCGACAAUCAUUUGGUGUUUAGGAAUCGCCAAUACAGAUCAUAACGAUAUGAUGUGGUGGCAAGCCUCACCGCGACUGGAGCGCUGGAUAUGGCGACUAAUCGAUAGUUAUGAGUCUAAAUAUGAAUGA